AUGAACGGCGAGAAACAGGACAUCAAAGCGCCUAAAGUAUCUGAGACUGUCUUUCCAGUGGAUGUGCAAGAGUGUCCGCAAUCAGAGUCAAGGGGAUACGGAGAAACACGACGUGGUCUGAAGAGUCGACAUAUCCAGCUGAUAGCCAUAGGCGGUACGGUAGGGACGGGCUUGUUCGUUGGCUCUGGAGCCAUUUUAUCGAUAGUGGGGCCAGCGAAUCUCUUGAUGGCCUACAUAGUGAUGGCAUUCAUUCUGUGGAACGCAAUGAACUGCAUGGGAGAAAUCGCCACAUACCUCCCUAUUCGAGGGGUGUCGGUUUCCUACUAUGUGGAUCGCUUUGUAGAUCCUAGCCUAGCUUUUGCCGCAGGCUGGAACUAUUGGUAUGUCUAUGCUAUGCUGGUUAGUGCAGAGAUUUCCGCGGCGACAUUGGUAGUGCAAUACUGGACAAGUGCUAUACCUGUUCCUGCCCUUAUCACCAUCUUCCUCCUAGUAUGUUUGCUCUUGAACAUAUUCACUGUUUCAUGGUACGGCGAGUCCGAAUUCUGGUUCGCUAGCCUCAAGAUUAUCGGUAUCAUGUCCCUCAUCAUCAUCGGCGUCGUCCUGUUCUUCGGGGGAGGGCCACACCACGACAGGCUUGGGUUCCGGUAUUGGGUCAGGCCAGGGGCCUUUAACGCAUACCUAGCGCACGGAAAUACGGGGCGCUUCCUCGGCUUCUGGACAGCACUAGUGAGAGCGGGGUUCGCAUUCAUGCUGUCGCCCGAGCUCAUCGUCUCGGCUGUUGGAGAGUCCAAGGCGCCGCACCGCAACAUCCCAAAGGCUGCACGCAGGUUCGUCUAUCGCCUGAUCGUGUUCUACAUAUUGGGAGCGCUGGUCAUCGGUAUCAUCACGCCAUCCAACGAUCCAAACUUACUCCAAGCUGUAACCUCCGGCAAAACAGGGGCGGGGGCAAGUCCGUUUGUACUCGGCAUCCAAAGGGCUGGGAUAAAAGGAUUGAACCACGUAUACAACGCUAUGAUCCUUACCUCCGCCUGGUCUUCGGGGAAUUCGUUUAUGUAUGCCAGCUCCCGAGCCCUCUAUUCCCUGUCGUUGACUGGGCAAGCACCGAGGGCUUUUAGUCAAUGCAACAGAUAUGGCGUACCAUAUCUCGCGGUGUUUGCAACGACAUUGGCCUCUUGCCUCGUCUAUCUCAACGUCUCCAGGGGAGCGGCCACGGUCUUCCAAUGGUUCGUCAACCUGACGACAACCAGUGGGUUCAUAGCUUGGGGAGUUCUCUUCUUGUGCCAUAUACGCUUCCGCCAAGCUCUAAUUCAUCACAAUGCACUAGAUAUGCUCACGUUCCGGACUCCAUUGCAGCCAUAUUACACAUGGUUUACCUUGUUCCUCAUGGUAGUCCUGGCCAUCACGAAUGGGUUCCAAGUCUUCUUCCCGGGAGAAUUCUCUGUGUCGUCCUUCUUAGCAGCUUAUAUAACCAUCCCGCUAUUCCUUGCUCUCUACCUGGGUCACAAGAUGUGGUUCAGAACGUCAUGGAUGAAGAGGUUGGAUACCAUAGACAUCUUCGACGGAAAGGAAGAAGCGGACCGUCUGGAGGCAGAAGACGUACCUCCAAAGCCGAAGAAUCUCCUGCAGAAGGUGUGGUUCUGGAUAGCUUAA